GCGUCUCAUGUCGGAAGCCAAUUCGAAGAGCGUUCUUCGCGAUCGACCCAGUAUGUUCGCGUUGACCACCGGCCACCAGACUCCUUCUACAGGGAAUGUCAAUGUUUCGGGUGGCGGAGACGCCGUGAACCUCGAAGUCACCGGUGAUCCUUCGUGUCCUGCUUGGAUUCCUUUCGACCCCUCGGAGCACGGCUUGAGUCCGGAUUUUCGGCUGACCAAGUUUGGCGAUCCUUUGGGCAGGAUCAAUAAGCCGACCAACGAGAGCUUUCGGUCGCUCCUAUCGCUGGUUGGUCUGAGUCAGGACCAGAAAAGAGAGAGCAGCGACCAAUCCCACGUCCCAAGUCCCGGAGAUGACACGACAACGGUGACCAAGCUGGACCACCUGGGUCUGCACCUGCUGGAGAGUAGCCACAUGCUGUGUCCGAUCAUCGAGGACCCCCACAUGAUGGGGAUGAUCGCCUGCGCGGGAGUCCUCAGCGGGAUCUACUGUCUAGGAGUCACCCAGCUAGCCUCGGUCAGGAUGACUCUCGGUGUCCCAAAUAACUUGGAAGGAAUCGAGACUCGAGUCAUGGUCUCUCUGCUGAUCCGUGGCUUCAAGGCCGCCGCGAAAUCGGCGAACUUGACCCUCCAAAGCGUCCAGCUGGUCAGCAACCCUUGGUUCAUGGUGGGCGGCUCCGCCUCGGCUGUUUGUUAUCACCAUGAGCUGGUCCCUCCCGAUGGGGCGACCAUCGGGGACGUGAUCGUCCUGACCAAACCCCUCGGCACCAUGGUCGCGGUUACCGUCUCCCAUUGGAUGGAGCAACCGAAGAGACGCAACCGGAUGAUGUUGGCCAUCAACGAGGAAGAUGCCAAGAGGGCUCUCUUCAGAGCCGUGGAUUGCAUGACAAGGACCAACCGGGUCGCCUCCGUUCUCAUGAGGAAGUACAACGCACACGCCGCCUGCGAAGUGGCGCACUUGGGGAUCCUCGGACACGCGGAGAUGCUCGUUCGCCGUCAGAAAAACAACGUCAGCUUCGUCAUCCACAACAUGCCGGUGAUCGCGAAGAUGACCGGAGCCGCCAAGAUCACCGGAAACGUCCUGCCGUUGAUGGAGGGCCGGGUACCGGAAGUGUCGGGGGGUCUUCUAGUAGUUCUGCCCCGGGAGCAAGCCGCUGCUUAUUGUAAAGCCCUCGAAAAGACGGAACAAAGGCAGGCCUGGAUCGUCGGAAUCGUCGAAAAUGGCUAUCACAAGGCUCGGGUCAUCGACAGGCCUCGAGUCAUCGAAGUGCCUCCCAGAGAGAACGGGACAUCGAUCUGGUAGGCCAUUUCCGGUUGGCCAGGGAUAAAUCGAUCCAGUGAUUGCGGGCAAUGAAGACUGUACAAAUAAUGAACGUUUCCUUCUUUUUCUUCUGUUUAUUUAAUAGCGAGUCUUCAUCGAUAGCGCUUAUCGUGACGAGUUAUCUGCCGAUGAUGAAGGGUCGAUGACAUCGUUUAGACGUAGAGAGCAAAUAAUAGUAUUGUUAGCCGAUCACUUGUUGCGUUUAGAAUGUCUUGCGCAAAUGCAUUUGGCUGUAAACUCUAAUGAGUUUCUUGAUGUUGAGAGAGAGAGGGAGAGAGUACAGAAAAGUCAAUUUAUUUCGGAAAAUCUUCGUGUAGCGAACAUCGUCUUUCAAAAAGAUUCUGGAUAUGUUUAGAUUGAUUUAUUAUUAUUCCUUAUUGUUCCGUUGAAUAAUCGCAAUAAUUCCCGGAUAAGCCGGUUCUAUGUCACGAUUGUACAAUAGGAUGCCAGCGUUAUGUACACAUUACUUUCUUUAUGCUAAUGCAUAAUUGUAUGUUAAACUCUGCACUGGCUAAUUCGAGCUUACAAGGAAGAGACGAGAAUUGAAAAUUUAGUUCAUUAUCAAUUUUCCGAGAGUUCACUUUUGGAUAAGAUAAGUAUAUUUUUAAGUUGUAGGUGUUAGUUCGGAGGCAAGGGCAGCCUUUAGAUUUUUAUUAUUUCUAGCCACUUAUGAAUCUCGUAAAUAAUUAUAUGAAUGACCGAAUGCUUCGAUGUACAUUACAUUUUCUUAAAUGAAAUAUUAUAAUAUCUCGUUCAUUUCGGGUCGUAUUGGAAAGAUUACGUUUAAAUAGAGAUAACUAUUUAAAUACGGAGUUCAUGGUGGAAGAUGUUGCGUGAAAGCCGUUUCUCUGCGGAAUGAUCUCCGAGUUCAAAUAGGUCACCGAGGGUCGGGAAUCUUCGAAAAAAUCGGGAAAUCCUCGCUGGAAAGCGGUUCUGUGAUCGGAUAGGUAUCCGCGUCUCGUAGUUUCUCCUGCGUAGGUGGAUUAAUUCGCGUCCCUGUUCCCCUUUCAUUCGGUGAGGCUCAAAAAUUGCACCCGCACGCAGGUGCGUUCAGAAAAGUUUCCGAAGCAAAACGCGGGGAAUCGAUCGCAAAUAUUCACUAAUUAUACUUAAUAACAUCGAUCAACGCGAACACUAUGUAAAUUCAUGCAUAAUAUUCCCGGCACGGUUUAUUAACCGUAUAUAAUUAUCCGCAAACGAAUGGUAAUAAUACGUUAUUAUCCACGUAAUGAGAAAAUAAUAUAUCAGGAAUAAUUUGGAAUGUACAUCGUAGUUCAUCGCGAUGAACUUCAAUAGAAUAUAUUUAAUUUCUUUUUUUCUUUUAAUGAUUUUGAAUCGUCUAGGGUCGGGAAAUAAUUUCGGUAUUGUAAUUAAGAAAGCCGUUAAUUUCUAAUGAAAUUAAUUCCUUAAUUCCGAAUCUCUUCUCAGUUUGUGUUUGUUUUGGAUAAAUUUCUAUAUCUCAGUAUUUCUUUGUCGCGUUUUUUUCUUUUUUUACGAAUAUUAAGAAAUGAACGGAAAGAACAUCGCGUACUAGAACUCGUACGUGAACUUACUUUAGCUUGAAUAGAGAUUCAUUUAGCGUUGCAUCCCUCAGUCAUGGUUAUUGUUCUCCAUUCCUUUGAGCGAAAAGCCUGUAACUGCUUUUUGUAAUAUCCAAGAUAAAUGAGAUUUCCUUUCUUAAUGGGGGAGGGCGCAAAAGAAUGUUUCAUACAAAAGGCACCGGGGGAAUAAUACGUGGGGCAACUUUCAUCUGGUACACUUUCUUCGAUCAGACGUCGUUAGUACAGAGAAUUGCAUUGUUAGGACCCGAGUAAAAAUAAAAAAAAAAUCUGGAUCUAGAAAGCAGUGGAAUCUACUUCUCCCUACGCUCCUUGUAAAAUAUCUCACAUUUUAGUACAAAUUACUUGCCCUACAAACCGCCUAAUGUUAUUUCAUCUUAAACUUAGAUAUAAUUUUAAUUCUUUCGUUAUAGUUAAUGAAUCGAUCACAAAACGUCAUUAACUUACGUGACACUAAUCCCUCAGUAUUUAAAUAAUGAGUUAAAUAUGGUAUCUUUGAGUAACAUAAUUUAUUUCGUUCGUAAUUAUUAUAAAUGGCCAGUUGUCUAGGGUUAAAGGCAAACAUAAAAAAUAAAUAGCACAAAUUUCAUACCUUUUCUUUAAUAUUAAAUCAUCGCACAUUCCUAUGUGUUGGGUUGGCUAAAAUUUCAUAGACGUACGAUGUAGCAUCGAGGAAAUGCCCAAUAAAUGGUCACAGACCACAGAUAGAA